AUGGCUAAAGCAAAUGAAACUCAAGUUCCUACUGAAACUGAACAGAAUAAUUUAAAAAUUUUUGAUAAAGUUUCGAAUUCAGUAAAUAUUAAUCAUAAAAAUUGUUCUUAUUGCAGUAAACCAUUUACUGAAGAAUUAUGGUGUAAAGAAUGUGAUCCUCGUCACAUGAUUGAAGAUUGGACCAGCGGAAAUAAUGACGUGGAUAAAUUUAUCAAAGAUACAAUUUACGAUAUAAGAAAUAUAAAUAAUGUGUAUAAUGCUCAAUUUCUUGAAUGGGUACCAUACCAUUUGAUAGCAGAAUAUAAUUCUUAUUGGGUAAAAAAGGAACCAAAACCUAUCAAAGUUGCUUUGAAAAGAUUAAAUGGAUCAGAGAAUAUGUCAGUUGAAUAUUUAAAUGAGGAUCUUCAUAGUUGUAAUAUAUUGCAAACAAGUUAUAAAUCUCAUAUUUCAGACUUUGGAUUAUCUGGACUAUCAAAUAAACAAAAAUCAGAUGAUAAAAUAUGUAGAGUAUUACCAUAUAUUGCCCCAGAAGUUUUAAAUGGAGAAUCAUAUACAUUAUUAUCUGAUAUCUAUAGUUUUGCAUUAGAAAUAUGUAAUGGACUCAGACCAGAAUUUGGAAAAGGAACUCCUGAAAUUUACAAGAAACUAGCUUAUAAAUGUAUGAAUGCUAAUUCAAAUCAAAGACCAACGGCCAGUGAAUUGCGUGACGUAUUUUAUUUUUGGGUUGAAUCUCUUCACUUUGGACUCUACAAAGAAGUUGAAAAAUUUGGAUAUAAAGGAAAAGAAAUUAAGGCUAUAUUUAAAGAAGCUGAUAAAGAAAUACCAAAUAUUUCGUCUUCAUAUGAAAAAAAACCUGAUGCUAUAUAUAUACCAGAAAAUAAUAAAGACUGUCAAGAUUCUCAAUUAUUUGACUUAGAGGUUUCUAGCUCAUUACAAUUAAAAGAUGAUGCUAGUAAUAAAUAUGUUGAGUGA